AUGAGAUACUCAAGAAGAAUUUACUGUCCUAAUUGGGAUGACAAGGGUUGGAAUUGUGGAACAUGGAGGAGCAUCAGCGGUUACAAAAGGAAGAGAUCACAUAGCCGUGCUUGGGAGAAUAAACGCUGCAAAUAUAAUCACUCCAAAACAUCGGAUAGCCAUUAUUUGGAAAGCAGAUCUAUAAAUGAGAAAGGUUAUCAUAGUCGUCGCUACAUUGAUGAAUACAGAAAUGACUACAGUCAAGGAUGUGAACCUGGGCAUCGCCAUAGACACCAUGAAAGCAGAUAUCAGAACCAUAGUAGCAAAUCUUCUGGUGGAAGUGGGAGAAGUAGUUAUAAAAGCAAACACAAGAUUCACCACAGUACUUCACAUCAUCGUUCACAUGGGAAGAGUCACCGAAGGAAAAGAACCAGGAGUGUAGAGGAUGAUGAGGAGGGUCACCUGAUCUGUCAGAGUGGAGACGUACUAAGUGCAAGAUAUGAAAUUGUUGGUACAUUAGGUGAAGGAGCUUUCGGGAAAGUAGUAGAGUGCAUCGAUCAUAAAGCAGGAGAUAGACGUGUCGCGGUAAAAAUAGUAAAAAAUGUAGACAGAUACUGUGAAGCUGCUCGCUUAGAAAUACAAGUUCUGGAACACUUAAAUACAACAGAUCCUGACAGUACAUUCCACUGUGUUCGGAUGUUGGAGUGGUUUGAACAUCAUGGACAUGUUUGUAUUGUGUUUGAACUAUUGGGACUCAGUACAUAUGACUUCAUUAAGGAAAAUGGCUUUCUACCAUUUCGAAUGGAUCAUAUCAGGAAGAUGGCUUACCAGAUAUGCAAAUCUGUGAAUUUUUUACACAGCAAUAAAUUGACUCACACAGACUUAAAGCCUGAAAACAUCUUAUUUGUACAGUCGGACUACACGGAGGAAUAUAACCCCACAAUGAAACGUGAUGAGCGUACCUUAAUUAAUCCAGAUAUUAAAGUGGUAGAUUUUGGAAGUGCAACAUAUGAUGAUGAACAUCACAGUACAUUGGUGUCUACAAGACAUUACAGAGCACCAGAAGUUAUUUUAGCCCUAGGAUGGUCUCAGCCAUGUGAUGUCUGGAGUAUAGGAUGCAUUCUUAUUGAAUACUACCUUGGGUUUGCUAUAUUUCCAACUCAUGACAGUAAGGAACACUUGGCAAUGAUGGAACGAAUUCUUGGACCUUUACCAAAACACAUGAUACAGAAAACCAGGAAACGUAAAUACUUUCAUCAUGAUCGAUUAGACUGGGAUGAGCACAGUUCUGCUGGCAGAUAUGUUUCGAGACGUUGUAAACCUCUGAAAGAAUUGAUGCUUUCUCAGGAUGCUGAACAUGAGCUUCUGUUUGACCUCAUUCAGAAAAUGUUGGAAUAUGACCCAGCCAAAAGAAUUACUCUCAGAGAUGCUUUAAAACAUUCUUUCUUCUCCCCCCCUUGAAAAAAACUACAUAAAUCUAUAUAG